CCGGACUUCCUACUAUCCCUGCUACUCUGCUCUGGAGCAAUGGCAGCGCUGGACUCUCCGGCAGUGGCUGAGCUGUGCCAGAAUGAGCGGCAGGAAUUCUUGGACGCUUCCCAGCUGCUGCUCACCUAUGCGGACAAUAUACUGAGGAGUCCAAAUGAAGAAAAAUACAGAUCAAUAAGGAUUGGAAACACUGCAUUUUCUACCAGACUUUUGCCUGUCAGAGGAGCAAUCGAAUGCUUAUUUGAAAUGGGAUUUGAAGAGGGAGAGACACAUCUGGUUUUUCCAAAAAUGGCUUCUGUUGAAAAGUUGCGUAAAGUUAGGGACCAUAUAGCCACAGAAAGAAAUAAGAGAAUGAGUGGAGCAAACUCUACGCCACAAGCUACGCCCAGUACACCACCAAUGUCCAGCAGAUCCCCUGUACCAAAUCCAGUUCCUCCAAGUAUACCCCUACAAGCAACAGAGGAUAUAUCCAGCUUCUUGGCAUCUGAAGUUAGAUAUUUGAAGACCCUCCAGUCCAACUCCCAACAUGUAUUAAUAUAUGAACAGUCUGAACUUCAGCAAAGAGCUUUACAAGAAAUUCCAGUUUUGGAUUUGAAAACAAGAGCCCAGCAAAAGCUUACUGAAGUUAAAAGUAUUGACUCUGAUACUGGUGUGAAUAUAGAAGACUUUCUAUUGCUGGAGCUGCUUCGCUGGUUUAAGCAGGACUUCUUCCAGUGGGUCAAUAGCCUACCUUGCUGUCUCUGUGGUGGGGAAACUCAAGGCCGAGAUGCUUUGUCUCCUUCUGCUGAAGACCUGCGCUGGGGAGCAAAUCGAGUGGAGAAUCAUUACUGUGAAAAGUGCAAACACAGCAACCGGUUCCCAAGAUACAAUCAUCCUGAAAAGCUUCUGGAAACUAGACGUGGGCGUUGCGGAGAGUGGGCAAACUGUUUCACCUUGUGCUGCAGAGCGUUAGGAUUUGAAGCCCGAUAUGUGUGGGAUUCUACUGACCAUGUCUGGACAGAGGUGUACAGUACUUCUCAAAACAGAUGGCUUCACUGUGACCCGUGUGAAAAUGCCUGUGAUAAACCACUUUUGUAUGAAGUUGGAUGGGGCAAGAAGCUUUCCUAUAUCAUUGGCUUCUCCAAAGAUGAGGUUGUGGAUGUUACCUGGAGAUAUUCAUGCAAACAUGAAGAUGUGAUCGCCAGAAGGAAAGAAGUGCGGGAAAGUUGGCUAAGGGAAACAAUUACUGGUCUCAACAAAAUGAGGCAGGUGUCCCUACCAGAAAACAGAAAGCAGGAACUUCUUGGAAGAUUGAUUGUGGAGUUGGUUGAAUUCAUGUCUCCUAAGACUCCCAAGCCAGGAGAACUUGGUGGGAGGGUGUCUGGAUCACUAGCCUGGAGAAUGGCACGAGGCGAAACAAGUUUACAGUCUAACAAGAGUGUUGUUUUUAUCCCAUCUGAGAGGGAGAAAAUCGGCAAGCUUUUCCACCUUCGGUAUAAUGUAGUUGAAGAUGCUUAUACACGUGUCUCAAAUAACAAUGAGGUUAUUACUGGCUGGGAAAAUGGAGUGUGGAAAGCAGAGUCAAUGUGUAGAAAAGUUGAAAAUGACUGGAAAAUGGUUUACUUGGCUCGUACUGAGGGUUCCUCAUCAGCUGCUAUUAGCUGGAAGAUUGAAUGUGCUUCAGUGGGCCUCCAAAUUGAAAGCCUAAGUGUCCGCACCAGUGGUCAAACCUUUCACAGUGGUAAAAUAAAAUGGAAGUUGACUUCUCCAGAAGUAGAGGUGGAAGUAAACAGUGAUACAAGUCUUCAUUCUUACCCUGAGUUUCUAAAUUCAUCAGAAGUGGAGUUGAAAGCUGAGUUGUGUGAUGGUGAUGGAAAUACAGCAUGGCAGCACACACAGCUUUUCCGUGAAAGUUUAGACUGUAAACAGAACUCUUUGGAGAUUAUUAUAAUGUUGAAGGAUGUUUAGGAAUUUUACUUCUCGCAAAGAACUGCAUGUGGAAAUAUUUGUCUGUUUGGCAGAGUAAUAAGUUUAAUAAGUCAAUAGCCAAAGGGGCACUGUCAUCAGAAUAAAAAGUUUUUACCUGUAAACAAUGUUUAAUAUUAUGUAAAGUAUUUAUGUUUUUGUCGUUUUUUGGGCUUUUGUGAGAAACUGGAUUUCCUGAUGCUCAUGUGAAUAAUUCAUUUGCAUUCUGUUAAAAAACUGUAAACGUGCCUUGGUUCAUGGCAUGGAAUCCAAAUAUAUGCUCAAGACCAUGCACUUUGUUUACCAAGGAUCACUUUCCCUCAAUCUGAAAUUUGCAUUUACUACAUUACUAGCUGGAAAGGUCUUUGGAGCACAUAUAGCUCUGCCUAGAAAGAGCAAGAAAUACUUAAAGGAAAAGUAACACUAAAAAUUGUUAAGUAAAAAAUCUAUUCUACCCUGCCCCAAUAAUUGCCCUAUCCUGCAAACCAUUUAGUGUUUUGAAUGCUUUAUUAGAAAAUACCUGUUAAAACUUGACUUCCGGUCAUUUGAAAAAACGCAUUAUGGCGAUGCAGGGGAAGCAUCCACUAUGCGGCGAUCGAUUGAUUGAGCCUAGCCUUCCUUCUGUAUAGGAAGGAGUCAGGUUAGGAUAGAUCAAUCGAUCACCGAAUAUUGAUUUUUAGUUACUUUUCCUUUAAAAUACAUCAGAAUAUCAAUGAUUUGAAGUCUGUGGUCCUCUGACCCUAAAAAAUCCACAGAUUCAAUUUUGUGUAUCUGCCUUAAAUACCAUAAUGCUCAUAAAAUGUAUUGUUAUAAAUACUUAUUAUUUCAUACAUUUUAAAAGCCAACUGUUGUCAUUUCAUAUAAAAUUAUAUAUUUGUAAUUGCAAAUAUUUUUUUUUUUAUAUUUUAAACCCAACUGCUUUCAUGGAUUAUAUAAUAUAAUAUUUUGGUAAAAUUUUCUUUCUUUGUUUAAAUUAUCACUUCAUGGUAAAAACUGGAAAAAAAUACACCUUUCCUGAAUUCAGUACAUUUAAAAGACGAACAAGUUGUAGCCCUAGAUGCAGGCAGUUUGCUAUAACAUAUAUGAUGUAUAUAUGUGUUUUGACUAAAAUCAUUAGGGCUUAUUUUUCCAUAACAGUGGAUUGUUCUUCUUUGCAGUAUUAUCAAUCUUUUGGUAAUGAAAAAAAAUGCUUUGGCACUGUUACGAGCACCAGAUGUGAUGCACCCAAAUAUAUAAUGUUUUUUGUAAUCCAGGUCUUAAGGCAGAAACGCAUCACUACACCAUUACACCACCAGCACCAUGUUUGACUGUUGGUAUGCUAUUCUUCCAGUGGCAAGCUGUAUUUGCCAUAUACACGAUGCAAUAGGGCCUAUGUUAUACAAAGAGUUUCACUGUUGACUUAUGUUAAUAAAACAUUAUCUCAAAAGGUUUUAGGUUUAUUUAGGUAUUUUGCAACAAUCAAACACAUCAUUGACUGAUGCCCAUGAUGUGUGUUUACCUCCACCGUGAUAAGGUCAAAGACCCAUGGUCAGGGGUCUUUAAUGCCAUGGCAUGUUUUUGCUGGCACCAUGGCAAGAUAAAAGAGAAACCUAGAACUGUAGAUUCUACUGAGCUGGCACUAGAUUAUUUUUUUUUUAUGCCAGGGCCAUAGAUUCUACAGCAUAUGACACGUAAUGGUUAAAGUCUGGAUCCAAAAAAACAAGUAAAGGUUUACUAUAAUAAACUGAGGGUGUUGUAAUACAAAUAGACUGUAGAUCGGCAUAGAUAAACACAGUGCUGUAUUUCUAUGUGUUUAGGGUGGUAUCUUUAGUGGGUGCCUGUAUAAUUUUUUUUUUUUUAUUAAUUACCCCCCCCCCCCCAAGUCCACCACCACAAAAAAAUGUUAGUGGCAGAGCUGAUAGGGCCCCUUCCUGAUGAAUUCCUCCCUGGAACUGCUUUUCCCAGUUGGCAUAUAAGCAAGAGACCUGUUCAUGGAGGGGGUGGGCAGAGGGUUGUGCCUCGGGUGUAUCAAAAAAUAUGCAAGCAGAAAAGUGGCUUUAAUUUUUCCAUCACAAAUCUGCUUACAUUGUUUUCUGGAAAGCUUUGAAAAUGGCAUCCCUUUAAAUGUAAACUAUUUAUAAAUUGGGUUUUGGAUCUGUUUAUUUUCUAUUAAACAACAUAUAAAGACAGA